AAUCGGAGCCACGAUUGCAGAUGCAUCUCAGUGCCUCAUCUUAUUCUUCGAAUUUACUUCUUAUUUUAUGCGGAACGGUAUCGAAAUGACAUCAUGCGUCGGAGAAUUGAGGAUACUGUGGUUGUUGCUGACCCUGACAUUUCUUCUUGAUAGCACGCCAGCGAUGAGAAAGGUCAGCAAAGCUCCAGCUGGAUUCCGAUACACUAAGGAUUUAAUCGCGGAGGCUACGGAUCAUAGAGGCAGCAACAGACAUCAUGAAGAGGGUGCCGGCUCGAAGCAUGACGAGGAUCAUCACAACGUGCAUGGUCAUAAGGAUGAUAAGGGUUACAAGGCUUUCCACGAAUUUGAGAAAAGCGAUAAGGGACACCACGACAAGGAGAAACACAAGCAAGAGUAUGACGAGGAAGACGGCGAGGAGAAAAAGAAGCACGAAGAGGUUGGCCAUUAUGGUGAGGAGCAUCAUGGCGAGGAGGGUGAAAAGGAAGCGAAAUUUGGCGAAGAGGGCAAACACCAAAAGGGACAUAGUACAAAAGGAGAACACACUGUCUUCAAGAAGGAUGAAUAUGAGAAGAAGCACGAUUUUUAUGACGAAUACCACGAGGACGGAGGAAGCGAAAAACACGGUGGUUGGCAUGAAGAACAUGAGGGCAAGAAGGGUGGGCAUGAAAAGAAGGGUAACCUGCAUUCGGGACAUCACGAGGGUCAUCAUGGUGAACAUAAAAAACACGAGGGAGGUCAUCAUCAUCAUGAGAAAGAAGGUCAUAAAUCGGCAGAGGGACACGAUAGUCAUCACCAACAUGAUGAGAAACAUGGUUAUAAAGACGGACAUGCAUCAGGACAUAAAUGGUCGAAAUCAAAUCAUCAUUGA